AUGGUGGCUAAAACAAAGCAUUGUAACUGCGUUCAGAGAAUCAGCAUGAUUGUUCCAAAGGAGUCUCGCCUUACUUUUCUCUUUGUCGAUUGCACUUCUGGCCUUGGAUCUGGCCUGAUUCGGCUGGCUCUCUCUCAUGGCCAUUGCGUUAUUGCUACGUCCUGUAACACCAAAAAUGCUCCUGAACUAGUGGGUGAGGUUGAAGCUCACGAAAACUGCAACUGGCAGCAUCUAAACGUCAGCCAUUCCACGGGAAAUGUUUUCAUUGAUAACCUGGAAAAGAAUGGGACAUCGAUCGAUGUGUUGAUAUAUAAUUCCAAUGACAGUGAUCAUGAGCUGGAGAUAUCUAAGCGUCUGACGACUGACGGAGUGAGUAAACACCUCGACAUGUCUUUCUUUGCUCCCUGCCAACUCAUGUUCGCGAUGAUACCAUACAUGCGUGAGAGGGGCCACGGAGUAAUCGUUGAUGUGAGCUCUGCCAUCGUCGAGGUUCCGAUCCAAAGAGUUACUUGGACCCGGGGAACUAGCACGAUUACUAGUGACACUACGGUGCACGACAAAUCUUUUACCCACGAAGAUAUGUACCCACCAGUCGGUAUGAGCUACAUUCGAAGUCGCAAAAAUGGUCACCAAACCCCAGGAAAAGCCCUCAUGGGAAACCAACUUGUGGAUCAUAAUAUCCACAUUCUUUACAAUAUAGUGUAUACAAGCCAUGGGGGGGAAGAUAGCUGUGCGAGGGAUAUAUUUCUGGAGAUAGUCAGGAUGGCAAAACCCAAAGAACCUGCAUUGUGCGCAGGGACAAACGCCAAAGACAACCAGCUUAAUGACCGAUCAUUACCUUUCAAAUUGCCUUUGAGAAGAUCUAUGGCGACAUUGAUGGAAUAA